GUGUAUUGUGAGUUGUUGUCGUAGGUGAUUGGCUGGGAUAACAGAAUACUGACAGUACGGUUGGAGCAUAAGGGAAGCUCGCAAGGCGUCUCAUGAGUGACUAAGUGUGUCUGGCAAAAUGUUGACCGCAGGAAAGACGUGCUCGUCUCUGGCAGCUAGACGGCUGCUGGGUGCGUACAGCUCUGUUUGUCCCGUACUGGAUCAGCAGUGCCGUUCCCAACGUUUCCACACAGCAGUUCCACGCAGAGAUGAGGUGCAGCUGCAUGAGGCCUGGGCUGCUCUGGCCAAGAAGCAGCUUAAAGGAAAGAACCCAGAGGACUUGAUCUGGCGCACUCCAGAGGGCAUCUCCAUCAAGCCCGUCUACACACAGACGGACACGGCUGCAGUCGCUGAUGAGUUGCCUGGUGUCUUUCCUUACACCAGAGGGCCCUAUCCCACCAUGUACACCUUCAGACCCUGGACCAUCAGACAGUACGCCGGCUUCAGCACAGUGGAGGAGAGCAACAAGUUCUACAGAGACAAUAUUAAAGCGGGCCAGCAGGGCCUGUCUGUGGCCUUUGACCUGCCCACACACAGGGGAUAUGACUCAGACAAUCCCAGAGUUCAUGGCGAUGUGGGUAUGGCAGGUGUGGCAAUCGACACUGUGGAGGACAUGAAGAUGCUGUUUGAUGGAAUUCCACUGGAGAGGAUGUCUGUUUCUAUGACCAUGAAUGGGGCAGUGAUUCCCAUCCUGGCCAUGUUCAUAGUAACUGGUGAGGAGCAGGGUGUGGAUAAGGCCAAGCUGACAGGAACCAUCCAGAACGACAUCCUGAAAGAGUUUAUGGUCCGAAACACUUACAUCUUCCCUCCAGAGCCCUCCAUGCAUGCCAUUGCUGACAUAUUUGCCUAUACAUCCAAGAACAUGCCCAAAUUCAACUCCAUCUCAAUCAGUGGCUACCAUUUGCAAGAGGCUGGUGCUGAUGCAAUCUUGGAACUGGCCUACACUAUUGCUAAUGGACUAGAGUACUGCAGAACUGGCCUAAAGGCUGGCCUCACCAUUGACGAGUUUGCACCCAGGUUAUCGUUCUUCUGGGGCAUUGGGAUGAACUUUUACAUGGAGAUAGCCAAAAUGAGAGCAGCACGGCGUCUCUGGGCAACUCUGAUUAAAGAAAAGUUCCAGCCGAAGAACUCCAAAUCUCUUCUGUUAAGGACUCACUGUCAGACUUCAGGGUGGUCCCUGACUGAGCAGGACCCCUACAACAACGUGAUCCGGACGGUAAUUGAGGCCAUGGCUGCAGUCUUUGGAGGCACACAGUCUCUACACACAAACUCGUUCGAUGAGGCGCUGGGUCUUCCAACCGUCAAGAGUGCUCGCAUCGCCCGCAACACCCAGAUCAUCAUUCAAGAGGAGUCCGGGAUCCCAAAAGUGGCCGACCCCUGGGGUGGUUCAUACAUGAUGGAGGCUCUCACUAGUGAUGUGUACAAUUCAGCCAUGAAGUUCAUUGAAGAGAUUGAGGACAUGGGAGGAAUGGCUCGAGCCGUGGCUGAGGGAAUCCCCAAACUGCGUAUAGAGGAGUGUGCUGCACGUAGACAAGCUCGCAUUGAUUCAGGUACUGAGGUCAUUGUUGGAGUCAACAAGUAUCGUCUGGAGAACGAAGAGACCGUGGAUGUCCUGGCCAUCGACAACACAAUCGUCCGCAAUAAGCAAAUUGAAAAGCUUCAGAAGGUGAGGGAGGGCAGAGAUGCAGAUGCAGCGAAGAGAUGUCUUGCUGCUAUAGAGCAAUGUGCUCAGACCAGAAAUGGCAACCUGCUGGAACUGGCUGUGCAGGCUGCACGAGCGAGGUGUUCAGUGGGAGAGAUCACGGACGCGAUGAAAGCGGUUUUCGGAGAGCACAAAGCCAGCACGCGCAUGGUGAGCGGUGCAUACCGCAGCGAGUUUGGCGAGCAUGAGGAAAUUGCUCUGGCGCACAGCCGGGUUCUCCAAUUCAAGAAACAUGAGGGAAGGAAUCCUCGCCUGCUGGUAGCCAAAAUGGGACAGGAUGGUCAUGACAGGGGUGCAAAAGUCAUCGCCACAGGGUUUGCGGAUUUGGGAUUUGAUGUGGAUAUUGGGCCACUUUUCCAGACCCCGCUGGAGGUGGCUCAGCAGGCGGUGGAUGCAGAUGUGCACUGUGUGGGGGUCAGCACGCUGGCGGCUGGACACAAAACCCUCGUUCCCGAGCUCAUCAAGGAACUGCGCAACCUAAAUCGCCCAGACAUUCUGGUUAUCUGCGGAGGAGUCAUCCCCCCACAGGACUAUGAGUUUCUGUACCAGAGUGGAGUUUGCUGUAUCUUCGGUCCAGGAACAAGAAUCCCUCAAGCAGCAGUGGAGGUCGUGGACAACAUAGAGAAGAGUCUGGAAAAAAAUCGUCAGGCUAUGUAACUGAGAGAUCUGGAACGUUUUACUGAGGGAGAUUCUUCGUGGCAGUUUUUGGAAUGUCAUGGGGGAGGCAUUUAUCUUGGAACAAGAUGUUGAAAUUUGAUGGCGCUAUGGUUGUUAAGCGUUACUGUUUUUCUUUUUGAAAUUCAGCUGUUAAAUCAGACCACUGUAAGAGUUGAAGUGUUUCAGAUUUGAGAAUUGCAGCGCACAUAAAUCAACAGAGUGAUGAUAGUAACACUGCUGAAUCAUUUUCAUAAUGUUGGUUGUGGCUUCAGUUUAAGGUAAAGGUGAUUUAUAAAGGCUUUAUAAUGAGAUUGUGCUCCAUAAUGAUGCUUUGUACGCAGGGCUUGGGGGUCAACAACUGUGUGUCUGCUUUGUUCAUAUUGUGUUUUUUUUUUUCACUAAUCCACCAAAUCUAUUUUGCUACAUUGACUGGACCCCUCAAUCUCAUUCUCUAUUGUUAGAAAUUAGAUGAAUGAUAUGCAUUUAAAAGAUCCUACAAUGUGGAAUUUCAUUAGAAGACUGUCGAUUUCAAUCUCAGUGCUCCUUUCCCUGCAUGAUGCAUCUUACAUUAGUAGUCCUCAAUGAUCUAUAGUAGGUUUAAUAAGUUUAAUAAGACAUUGGGCUGUUUCUGUGCAGUGUUGGGUUUGACAGCUGUGCCUUAUGGGUGUUUUUAAGUUUUGUCUUUAUCGUAUUCGGCACUGUACAUUGGCACAAAUGUUUCAAGCACGUACUCCGCUGUUCUGCUUAAGUUUCUGGCACCUCCUGAGCUGGUUGUUGAUGUUUAAGAUACUAAUAUUAAACCCCUGCAUUAAGAGAAAAUGUGCAAAAAAAUGUUUUGAAUCAUUCGUACCUCACACCUUGGUUCAGCCUAAUCUUAAUAAAGUCUGAGAUUCA